AUGGUGUUCAUUGACCUUGAGAAAACAUAUGAUAAGGUUCCUAGUGAGGUUCUAUGGAGGUGUUUGGAGGCUAGCGGCGUUCCGGUAGCGUACAUUAAGGUGAUUAAGGAUAUAUAUGAUGGUGCUAAGACUCAAGUGAGGACUGUUGGAGGUGACUCAGAACAUUUCCCUAUUGCCGGGGGAGGAGCACAGACUACCGCCACUCGCACUCUUGAGCAGCGAGUGCAUGUUAAGCAGGUUCCUGAGAUUAUUCCUGUACUGCCUGUAGUGCCAGUUCAACCCGAGGACUGGGUAACGACUUCCGAGGAGGAACAACUGAGGCUUGAGAG